CUGAGUCCCUCUCUGCCUACAAAUACCAGAAUGCUUCUCAAACUUUCCUGCGCCUCUCUCUUCCGUCGCCCUUCUCAUUUCUUACAUUCUGGGUUUCCUCCGAUUUGGUGAAAUCAAAUUCAAAAGCAACUCCGGAGGAAAUUUUUCUUCAGGUUUCUCAAACAAAACAACAAACCAGAUUCUGGGUCGUCGCCGUUUUCGUGUUUCGUUUCACAAAACAUUCAUCGAUUUCCCCAGCCUUGGUACCCUCUGCUCAGAAUUCGCUCAAGGGUAACCUAGAACUUGGAGGAUUAAAUUUCUCCAUGGGAGAAGCCCCAGCUUUCCUGGUUCAUGAUUUGAAGGAGGGAUUUCCGAAUGGGUUCGGUUUAAAAUCGAAAGGUUGUGAAACCGCCACUGUCAUCGGCAAUAAAACAUAUUUGGUUGAUGGAGGCUGUGACGAAUCGCUGUUGUUCUUUCGAGUUCAAGUAUUUGAUCAUUCGAAAGGAACUCGGAUCGAUCCGAUUGUUCUGGGAACAAUACCAAAGCCUUGUAAAGGGCAUUCGGCAAUAGCAUUAAACGAAGAUCGCAUAUUGUUUAUUAAUGGCGGGUCCACCUUAGAUGACUCGAUUUGGAUUCUUGAGGUGGACACCCCAUAUGUUCAAGAACAAAGAAAAACUUUAGGUUCUGAAGUUGUUGCUUGGAGUAAAGGUGUGAGGGGAAUGGUUGAGAAGCCGAUCGUUGUUAGCGGUCCCUCUGGAGUGGGCAAGGGUACUCUUAUAUCCAUGCUCAUGAAAGAAUUUCCAUCCUUGUUUGGAUUCUCUGUCAGCCACACGACUCGUGCUCCAAGGAAAAUGGAGAAAGAUGGGCUCCAUUACCAUUUUACAGAGCGAAGUGUUAUGGAGAAGGACAUAAAAGAGGGGAAAUUUCUUGAAUUUGCUUCAGUUCAUGGAAAUCUCUAUGGAACUAGCGUUGAAGCAGUCGAAGUGGUAGCAGAUGCAGGAAAAAGAUGCAUUCUCGACAUUGACGUUCAAGGUGCGAGGUCCGUGAGGGCUAGUUCCCUGGACGCUAUAUUCAUCUUCAUCAGUCCACCCUCAAUGGCCGAACUCGAGAAGCGCCUUCGUGCUAGGGGGACUGAAACCGAAGAACAAAUCCUCAAACGACUGCGAAAUGCGGAGGCGGAGAUCAAGCAAGGAGAAUCAUCGGGUAUAUUCGAUCACAUCUUGUUCAAUGAUAACCUUGAAAAAUGCUAUGAGAAUCUCAAGAAACUCUUGGGGCUUGAUGGGAGUGUCAAUUCUUGCACUAAAUCAAUUCCAGAAGAUUUGGACCUUCCUCCAAUUGUCCAUUCAGUAUCAAGGAUAGAUAACAAAAUAAUAAUAACCUACCGAGCUUCAGACCCCGAGAACGAGUCCCGAAAGAUGAUUGUGUUGGAUUUAUCCUCACAGAAAGGCGGAGCGCCUGGUCGGACAAGAGGGCUGGAUGCAUAUGCAAUUGACUCGGUUUCAAAUGGCUCGAAUAUGAUCAAUCAGCCAAGCUAACAGUAAAACUUCUCCACACAUGCUUUACAACGCUAACUUGUCACGAUUUACAGACGAUGAAGAGACGACGUGCAUUCUAGAUUGAAUACAUUUAUUUCGAGAUCACAUAACGAGUUUGAUUUUUUUUUCCCUCCCACUUUUUUCUCUUCCGCGUUCUUUUAAGUUUAGAAGAGAAAUGACUCGAGGUCGAAGCAGUGUCUGAAAGCGAAACGAUGAUUAUUAUUAUUAUUUUUCUGACAUAGGCUGUGAGAUUGCCUCAUCAUCAUUUAUCCAAAACACUAAUUUUUCUUGCUUUCUGAUUAGAAAUUGGAAGUCCAUUUUCCAGAUUUCAUUGUGUUUUUGUAAUGGGUUUUCUGGGAUUUUGCUCUUGAUUGUUGAGAUGAAAUUUUAGAGAGAGAAAGAAAAGGAAGGGAUUGCCAUUGUGGAAUUGCCUUUUUAAGAAUGAUGAUUUUCAAAGCAUUAAUUAAAAUGGGCACUGACCCCAUUUUGUAAUAAUUCUGAUGAGGACUUUGAAUAGAAGGAAAAAAAAAGAGAAUCUUUGACAACAA